UAUACUUUUCCCCACUAUGAGGCUCCACCUUAACUAAUGUUUUGACUUGCUUCUGCCACUGCAGCUAAGUUCUUGAUAAGGAGUUCAGUGGUGGUGGCCAGUAGCUAAUGAUAUGGUGAUGCAGUGAGUGCAGCACAGCAGCUUCACAGUUUGCUUCCAGGGCCUCCUGUCCUGUUCAGUUUUUAAAUGGCUGUGGCGAUAGAUGUCCGCAGCUGUAUCCAACUCCUCCGCUCCUGCAGUGCUGUGGCCGGUCAGCAACUGCAUCAGCUCCUUCUCAAGUCUGGCCAUGUCCCGUCAUCCCUGCCGCCCUCUAACUCCUUGCUCCUCAUGUAUGCACGCUGCUCCCCGCUCUACUGCCAUGAUGCACACCACCUGUUCAAUGAAAUGCCCAUCAAGAACUGCUUUUCCUACAACUCUGUUAUCGCAGCCCACCUUAACUCUGGAGACCGCCAUGCAGCACUCAAUAUCUUCCGAUCUAUGCCUGAGAAGAACACCUUCUCAUGGAAUACAAUCAUAACUGGCAUGGUAUCCACAGGUGAUCUUGACAUGGCUCGGUCUCUGCUGAUUCAAAUGCCCAUCAAGGAUGCUGUGGCUUGCAAUGCUGUUUUGCAUAGGUAUGUCCGAUGUGGCCGGGUGGAUGAGGCAUUUGAUCUGAUCAGGAAGGUUAGUCUGCAUUGCAAUGGUGCAGAGGCCACCUCACCAUGGAAUGACCCAUUUGUGCUUGCAACGGUUGUUGGUGCUUGUGCUGAUAGGAUGAAGUACAAUUUUGGCAGGCAGGCUCAUGCUCGGAUGGUGGUCUCCAGGAUUGAACUCGAUUUGGUAUUGAGUUGCGCAUUGGUCGACAUGUAUUGUAAAUGUGGGGAUUUGGAUUCUGCCCGGUGCGUCCUUAAUGGUUUAACACAGGUUGAUGAGUUCUCACUUUCUGCACUCAUAUAUGGCUAUGCUUCUUUUGGACAAUUGGAUGAGGCACUGCAAAUUUUUGACAAAAAGGAGAAGCCUAGUAUUGUAUUGUGGAAUUCUCUUAUCAGUGGCUGUGCAUUUGCCUGCUGUGGAAAUGAUGCUUUUGCUUUUGUUGUAAGGAUGAUGCGAUCAAAUGUGUCACCCGAUUCUUCAAGUUAUUCCAGCAUUUUUAAUGUAUGUGGUUUUUCAGGCAUGGUGAAUCAUGGGCAGCAGAUUCAUGGGUAUGGUCUAAAAAGUGGAGCAGUCAAUGACCUGAUAGUAGCAAGUGCACUCAUCGACUUCUACUCAAAAUGUGGCCUCUGGGAGGAGGCUUGCAGAGCUUUUAGAGAGCUUAGGUUUCAUGAUACCAUAGUGCUCAAUUCAAUGAUCACUGUUUACUCAAACUGUGGGCGGAUAGAAGAAGCAAGAAGAGUUUUUGAUAUGAUCACUAACAAGAGUUUGAUCUCAUGGAAUUCUAUGGUUGUUGGGUUGAGCCAGAAUGGGCAUGCCACUGAUGCACUUGGGCUAUUCUGUGAGAUGCAUCGGUUUGGUUUGCGGCUUGACAAGGUUGCUAUAGCCAGUGCUCUGAGUGCAUCGAGCAGCAUUUGCUCUAUUAAUUUUGGAGAGCAGAUUUUUUCUCUAGCCACUGUUCUUGGUCUGCAAGCUGACCAUGUUGUUGCGUCUUCACUCAUUGAUUUGUAUUGCAAAUGUGGAAGCCUAGCAAAUGGGUGCAGGAUUUUUGCUGAAAUCGAUAAGCUAGAUGAGGUCUUAUGGAACUCAAUGCUGAGUGGUUAUGCUUCCAAUGGGUAUGGACAUGAAGCAUUGGAACUCUUGGAGUUGAUGAAAACUAAGGGUAUAAAGCCAAGUGAACGAACAUUUAUUGGUGUCCUUUCUGCAUGCUGCCACUCUGGACUUGUGAGAGAGGGCCUAACUUGGUUUCAGCGGAUGGAUGCAGACUUCAGUGUGAGUCCAUCAGCUGAGCAUUACGCAUGUGUGACUGACCUCUUAGUACGUGCGGGUCAGCUGGAAGAAGCAGUUGAAUUCAUUGAGAAAAUGCCCUUUAAAGCUGAUGCAAUAAGCUGGACAACUGUUAUUGGUGGGUGCAAAGCUCUGGGCAAUGAGGCCGUGAUGCAGAAGUUGGUGAAGAAGCUGAUGGAGAUGGAAUCAUCACAUCCUAGCUUGUAUGUGCAACUGUCCAGUGGGCUUGCUGCUCAAGGGGAUUGGGUUAAAUCUGCAGAAAUGAGGAGUAUGAUGCAUGAGAGAAGAAUUAAGAAGAACCCUGGUUUCAGUUGGAUUGACUCUUAGAAAUUAUUGGUCAAUCAGUUUAUGUGUUUGGAGUGGUUUGUCCACCGAAAGCAUCCCUUUACAACAGCUUAACAGGAAAAUUUGUUACUGCUACAUAAACCACAUGCAGGAAUGUUACUGGUUUUCCCAUCUCUGUCAUCUUUUUCUUCUGUGGCAGAUUUCAUUUUCAGCACCAUGAAGCAUUUUACAUCAAGUUCCUGAAGGACCAUGUUGGGGUAUACUGGAGAGAAGGUGCUCUUUUGGAGACAAUCACUCCACCAGGUUUUCAUCCGAAGCUGCUUUGGAUAACCCAAUUUGAGCCAAUACAGGUUACACUUCAAACAGACCAGGCAAG